CCAGCUCGUGCCGUAUGUCCGCCUAGCUGCACCAUGCGAGCCUUCUCUGCUCCCCUCGUCCCCCUCGCCCUCGUCCUCGCCCUCGUCGCCGCCCGCGUCCACCACUCCCGCGUCCCCGAGGACCCGUACGCGUUCCCCAAAUACCGCGUCUCUUUCCUCCAUGGGCUUCCCGUCCUCAACGACACCGCCGAGCGCUGGCUCCGCGACGGCCUCCGCGGAGGAGAGCCCGAGUUUCUCGACCAGCCCUGGCAGGAGUCGCACUGGCUUGCCAGUCCGCCAAAGAGCAUAGAAGCCGACGACGACGCCUCGCCGUCUGAUGCAGCCCAGGCCCAGGACGCCAACUACAUGCUCCAGCGGAUGAGAUUCGGCCCAAAGUCGUCCUUCGUAUGUCUCAUCCCCCCACCGCCAAAGGAGCCUCCCCCCGUGGAGGACACGCCGACCGACGUCGCCACGCCCGUCCACAGCUGGUCCCUCCUCCAGCCGCUAUCCGGCAAAUGCCUCUACCACAGGCAAGGCUGGUUCACAUACUCGUACUGCCAUAAUUCGCAUGUCCGGCAGUUCCACGAGCUGCACCAUCAGCACAUCCCCAGCACAGGCGAGUACAAGCCAGAAGAGGAUCCGGAGUGGGAAGCGUACACGCUCGGAAGGGCGCCGCCCACGCUCGAGGCCGGAGCCGAGCUCACCACCGCUGAAGCCGCCGCCGCUGCCAACCUCGAGCUUGCCCGCGGCGCCGGUUCCCGUUACCUCGUUCAGCGGUGGUCAGACGGCACAUACUGCGACAAAACUGGCCGCAAGCGCGACGUCGAGGUCCAGUUCCAUUGUUCGAUGACGAUGACGGACACCGUGCUCUUCGUGAAAGAGACGCAGACGUGUCACUACGUCGUGCAUAUAGCUACGCCGCGCCUCUGCGGCGAGCCGGGCUUCCGCUCACGUAUCGACGCGGAGGAGGAGCACUUCAUCCGCUGCCGGGAGGUCCUUGACGCCGCUGAAUAUGAAGGAGCCGACCGCGACGUUCGCCCAGCGUCUCAUCCGUUCCGCCGCCCCCGGCAACAGAAGAAAGUCAUCGCGCCGCCGCCUCCGCCGCCAGCCGAUACCAAGGCCGCAGAUUCUGCAGACGGGAAGAAGGCCCCAACCGACGUCCACUCCGAAAUCCUUCGCCGGGCUCUCCAGCGGCUCAUGGCGCACAGAGACAACGGGCCCGACGACACGCACGAGGUCGUCGAACAGCUGCCGGACGGCGAAGGCGAGUUCGUGGUGAGCUUCGUGGACAUCGAGCUGCCCGAGGGCGCGGAGGACGCGGACUUCGCGGACAUCCUCAUCGACGACGGGGCGGACUUCGGCGGCCGCCUGCACGACAUCCUGCGCGCGGCCGGGUACGAGAUCAGAGGCGAGAAGGCGGACGGCGAGGCGGCUGCUGGGCAGGACGACUCCGCGGAGGAAGGCAAGGCGAAGAAGCAGCGCGACGAGCUGUGACGGAAGGCAUGCUUGUUCCUAGUAGACCCGGACGCGUUUGUACUAGCCUACCCCCCUGUGACUUCUGCCGCUAUUCGUCUGCUGCUUUGUUAUAAUUUGCAUCCCUGGAU